AUGGGGCUAGUCUUGGUGGAGGACUUCAUCAGUGCUUUGCCUGAGAUGUGUUUCCUUGACGUGCACGUGCCGCAGGCUGCAGAAGAAUCUACAGCACAGUCAAUGCGCUUGCAUCAUCUUCCAGGUGCGAACUACCUCAGUGGCAAAGCUGCAGCCGCCCUCCGCUCUGCACCGCCGCCCGUGCAACGGCACGUGCUCGAGCAGGCGUUCGGAGAUGCAAUGCCAGCGCAGUUUGUUCCGCCAACGAGGGAUGAAAUCGAGUUCUUCGUGGAAGAGAACGAGCUAAACGAGCGCGCGGCGGAAGCGCUCCGAGGCGUUCCCCCAGCCGUGCAGCGUCAAGUCCUGGAGCAAGGGAGCCUGCGCGGCUGCCGCGAGCCGAGCGCGGGCUGCAUUGGCCGCAUCUCCAAGGCGCAGAGGACCACGCAGGUGACGGAGGAUGUCAGCAUCCAGGCUUCAUGCAAUAGCCUUAGCCAUUGCACCGACAUGUGGUCCAAGCAUGACUGGGAGGCACCCUCAGCAGACGAGCUGUCAGACUUUGUCGAGCAGAACAGCCUGGGCGCCCUGGCAAGUCUGAGUAAGGGAAUAUCGGUAGGCAGGCAUCAAAAGUCCCUUCUGAAAAAGAGGAGCAAAGGUACCGGGUUUUUGCUGAGAGCUGUGCUAGACGGGCGCGCGUCUCAAGUCCAGGUGCAUGUUUGUACCAAGCAGGAUGGUGCAGAGCAGAGCUCAGGGCUGUUCACUUUGAAGCCUCCGUACAACUCGGGCGGUUCUUUGCUUUGUGGCAGUGUGGAGAGUGGUAGCCCCGACGGCGCAGGUGAGCGUGCAACCGCCAUACUGUACGAGGUUCCAGCUACUGUGCAGAGAGCAGUGUUGGACAAGGGCAGUCUCCAGGGCUGCCGAGAUCCGAGUGCCGGUUGCAUCGGCCGGAUCAAGAAGGCCGCAGAACUGCGGGAGCUCGGAGAGUAA